AUGCAUCUUUGGACAUUAGCCGGAUCUCUUCUAGCAGCUCUAGUUGCGUGUUCUGCUGGAAAAAUAGACCACGACAAAAUCAAACCUAUUGAAGAACGCCAACCGGUCACCCUUACAGAAAGACUUGUUUUCAAGUUCAAUCCAUCGAUGAAAAUUCGAGAGGAAUUGUGUGUCGAUUAUCCUGCUGUCGAUGCAGAUGGCAAUUUCUCUGGUGGACUCAAGCCGACAAAUGGAAAUAGCGGAUGCGAGAGACCUCCCAUGGAUAGUCAAGUGUACGUUCGGGUUCGGAAGUACGAGGAAAUGUGGGCCAUCGUGUAUGUUUGGUACUUCCCGAAGCGCUUUCAAUCUGGCUGGCCCAGUGCUCGUCAUGACUGGGAGCAAGCAGUUGUAUGGUUUGAUGAUCUCAAAGAAAAUCCAUAUGUCGUUUCAGUAGCCACGUCCCGCGGUGGCAAGUACCUAUUCUUUAACCCCAGCCACGAGACGACAUAUGGCCCGCCUCUUCAUUUUUUUCCUAAUUAUUUUGGAGCUCCGACGUUAAUCAGAGAAUCAUAUCCUGUAAAGUGGAAGUUUUAUAAAGAACAUCCUCGCUAUUACAUAGUCAUGUGGGAGCAACUCCCGGAACCAGCUCGUGCAGCUCUGAGCGAUGACAAAAAUUUUGGAGAUGCGAAAUGUCCAAUCAGGGAUGAUAAAAUUGAUCACCACCUUGAAAAGGCCUAUCUGACAGACGCAGAAAGAAAACAAGGAAAGCCAUCUAAAUAG